AUGGCGGAUGCCACUAGCGCAGGAGCGACGCCUCUCCUACCUGGCCUCCCGGAUGACAUCGUCAUCUGGGAGAUCCUCGUCCGCCUGCCGCCCAAAGCCCUUCUCCGCAGCCGCGCCGUCCAUCCUUCCUGGCGCCGCAUCACCUCCACCCGCGAUUUCCUCCUCACCCACCACGCUCGCCAGCCCACCCUCCUCGUCGCCUCCGGUCACGAUGACGGCAGCGGUGAAUACUACCGAGACAUCAUUGUCUUCGGCCACCCGGCCGCCGCCGACGUCCAGCUCGAACACUUCACCCAGCUUGAUGAGAGGGACUGCAGCGUGGUGGCCUCCUGCGACGGCCUCCUCCUCCUUUCCUAUGAGACGGAGGGCGCCUGCUUCUCCAUCUGCAACCCGGCCACUCAUCAGUGCGCUCCCCUGCCGGUGCCUUGUGACCUCAUGAUGCCCUUGGGAAUGUACCGGCACCACCCCACGGGCGAGUACCGGAUACUGAUGUACGAUAAAAACGAGGAAGAAAUUGAGGGUGAAAAUGAGGAAAUAUAUGUCCGUGAUGGUGGUUGCUGCAUCUUCGAAUUGGGUUCCGUCCAGCCAUCAAGGAACAUCGGGUACCCGCCGGAGGCGGAACAAGUGCUUUCACGCUGUGGCCAUGGGGCAGUCGUCUUGUUACGUGGCAACAUGCAUUGGUACCUAGAGCAACGUGAGAAUGGAGGCGACAUGGUACUGGUAUUCGACAUCGCAACCGAGUCGUUUCGGCAUAUGCAGGCUCCGGUUCUUCAAGUUGCUCCAGACUGUCCUCUCUACAAUGACCUGUUUGACAUGGACGGCACGCUCGGCAUGUUCAGUUGCAAUGAUGAUGCGGCUAUCGUCGAUAUCUGGGUGUUGAAGGACUAUGAAAAUGAGGUCUGGACCUUCAAGUGCAAGAUUGAAUUGCCGGUUAUCGAGAUCAAGUUAUUGUGUGGAGAUGAUGAUUCCUUGUAUGCGGUGGUCAUACAUGGGGAUGGUGAGUUGCUCGUGCUAGUCCAGUUUGCUGGAUGGCUGCUUCAGGUUGACAUGGAAGGUAAGUUGGUCGGCAGUUUUCAUCACGACAAAGUCAUUGCUGGUCAAUUGCAGCUGAAGCAAACUCUUGUUCCACACACUUUCUUUCAGACACUAGAAUAG